AACCAACAAAUCCUCAAAAAGUCAACUCCUUCUCUCUCAUUCUUUUUUUGUUAUCAUCUGAGCUGUCCUUCUUCUUCUUCUUCUUCUUCAGUUUCACUUUCCUUUCUCUGCAAAAAUGAACUAAAAAAGUACAAAACCAUCAAAUACAAAACUGAAGAGCCAAAAAAGAUUUAAAAAAAAAAAACUUCUAUCUAUUCUUUAAUGGGUAACGGCGUUACAAAAGUGAGCCGCUGUUUUGCUGAUACAGCUGGGGAAAUCUCUCGCCGGCAUGACAUCGCUGUUUACGUCGGCGAUCAUAAGGGACUAGGUCAUUCCUUCUGUUAUAUACCAGCAGACCCAGCUCGCUUAUCUAAUAGUAAAGUUCACUCAGAAGAAACGACCACGUUUUUCUCUAUCUCCGGCGCUUCAGUAAGUGCCAACACAUCGACAACUUCUUCAUCAACCGAUGCGUAUCUCUACAGCUCUAGUUUAGAUGCCGCCUCCACUUUUGAAAGUUCUGUUUCUUUCGCCUCCGUUCCUCUUCAACCUGUCCCUCGCGGUCAGCUUAGCACAGGCGCUGGUUCUGGUAUGCUUUUACCUGGUUCGAGUCCGAUCGAGCGUGGAUUUUUAUCCGGUCCCAUCGAGCGUGGGUUUCUUUCAGGACCGAUCGAUCGUGCUUUUGUAUCGGCGCCGAUCGAUCGCGGGCUAUAUUCCGGUUUAAUAGAGAAGGAGAAGGAGAGUGUUAAGUUGCAGAGAAGUUUCUCUCAUGGCAGUUUUGGGAUUGAACAAGUUAAACAAGGUAAAGGCAAGAAACAAAAUUUAAUUAAGAGUUUAAAGAGAGUAAUAUCUAAAACUAUCUCUAGAGGUAAAAAAAGGAUAAUGGCACCAAUUAAAGGUGUUAAAGAAUCGGUUUCGAUUAGAAAUGGUGAGAUUAUAAGUGGUAGCAGUGCUAAUUUAAGUACUCAAAUGAGUUUAAGUAAUGAUGCUGAUGAAGAUAGUUUAUUUUCCAUGGAAAGUCAAAAUCUGCAAUGGGCACAAGGGAAAGCUGGUGAAGAUCGAGUUCAUAUUGUAAUAUCAGAGGAAAAUGGAUGGGUAUUUGUCGGAAUUUAUGAUGGAUUUAACGGUCCUGAUGCUCCUGAUUAUUUGCUUUCUAAUCUUUACAAUAAUGUGAAUGAAGAGCUGAAAGGACUUCUAUGGAAUGAAAAGUCUGAAUCCAAUUCAACAACAGAGGAAACAGAAGAAACAGAGGAGGAUUCUUCAAGUUCAAAUUCAACUGGUUGCAAUUCAAAUCCUGAUUUGAAAAGAAAACAAGGGAAGAAUUCUGUAAAGAAUAGAAGAUGGAGAUGUGAAUGGGAUAGAGAAAGAAUGGAACUUGACAGGAAACUAAAAGAGAGAGAGACCAAUUCUAAUGGGGUUAAUCGUUUUGAUGUAUUGAAGGCACUUUCACAAGCAUUAAGAAAAACAGAGGAGGCUUUUUUUGAAAUUGCUGAUAAAUUGGCAACAGAUAAACCGGAGUUAGCUCUAAUGGGUUCCUGUGUUUUAGUUAUGUUGAUGAAAGGAGAAGAUGUUUAUUUAAUGAACGUUGGUGAUAGCAGAGCUGUUUUAGCUCAGAAAGGUGAAACUGAUGUUGCUAUAGGGAAAGGAAAUCAAGAUUUGAAGAUAAUAAGUGAAGAAAUUAUACGAGACGAUCUUCAAGUCUUGGAUGGCGAUGAAUGUUGCAAAUUGUCUAGCUUGAACUCAAUUCAACUCACAAAGGAUCAUAGUACUUAUGUGCAAAAGGAGGUUCAAAGAAUUAAAAGGGAACAUCCAGAUGAUCCUUGUGCUGUAAUGAACGACAGAGUUAAAGGUUACUUGAAGGUGACACGAGCUUUCGGUGUUGGGUUUCUCAAAGAGCCGAAAUGGAAUGAUAUACUCUUAGAAAUGUUUCGAAUAGAUUACAUCGGAAAAUGUCCAUACAUCACAAGUUCUCCAUCACUUUAUCACUAUAGGCUAAGCUCAAGAGACAGAUUUUUAAUAUUGUCAUCUGAUGGAUUAUACCAAUACUUCACCAAUGACGAAGUUGUUUCGGAAGUCGAAUUGUUCAUUGCUGCAUUUCCUGAAGGGGAUCCUGCACAACAUCUGAUAGAAGAAGUCCUGUUUCGAGCAGCUAAAAGAGCUGGAAUGGAUUUCCAUGAAUUGCUUGACAUUCCACAAGGGGAACGUCGCCGGUACCAUGAUGAUGUUUCUGUAAUCAUUAUUUCUUUGGAAGGUAGGAUAUGGCGUUCAUCUGUGUAAAUAAAACAGGAAAAAUUAUAUAAAUAUAUAUAAAUCCAUGAAAAUUUUUGUUUCUCUUAUUUAUAAUUUUUGGUCUUGGAUAUAUUGUAACAUGUAUACCAACUAGAUUUUUAAAUGUUGUAAAGGUUGUAGAAAUGCUCUCAAUUAAACAAUUAUUUUUUGUUUUUACUCCCGAA